AUGCCAGUUGAACGACGUUCGUUGAGGUCCAACAGCAAGGACAAAGCUGCGCCGACAACCCGCUCGGCGGCAAAUAAGGCCAAAUCAGCUCCGGCUAAGAAGGCCGUCACAGGCAAGGGCGCCAGCAGCUCAAACACCGCCAACAACAACACCAUGAGUGGUGAUCAACCCCAGCGAAAUGGUACAGACCCAGUAGAGAACGGUGUUAAUGGAUCCGAAGACGUGGAGAUGGAAGAGGAUACGGCAGUGCCCCCAUUAAAGGGUGCCAGACUAUCUGGCCAGGAUAACAAGAAAGAGGAUGACGUCGCCAUGGAAGGCUCGGACGAGAAGGAUACCGCUGACGAGCCAGAGAUUGAUCCCCGAGUGAAAGCUGUCCAAGAUAUUCAAAAUAAUUUUGGCCUUCUCGAGCGUGCGGUGACACACUUUGACGCCCGAUUUACCCUCCGAGUCCUGCGAUCGAUAUCCUCCAUGCGCAAACACAUCACACCCGACGUUCUCGCCGAAGUUAUUGUUGAUACUUACUCUAGUUCAAACCAGACCGCAGUUUUCCUCUUAGAAGCUAUCGGCAAGUCCGAUGCUUUUGAGGUUGCCUCAUCGAAGAUGGAAGUAGACUCCGAUAAGCCCAAAGCUGCCCGCGAAAUCCUGCCAGAAGUUGACACCUAUCUAUCGAUCCUUGUUCAGAUUUAUCUUUACGACCAGAAAGAGGUACAGCGCGGCGCCGACUUCUCUAGCAAAUUAGUUGAGCGAUUGCGGUUACUUAACCGUCGUACGCUUGACUCUUUGACCGCUCGCGUGUACUUUUACUUCUCUCUAUUCUACGAGCAGUUGGCUCCCCUACCUCCUUCUCCCGCUGCUGCCGUCAUUUCGAUACGCAAGCCUUUGCUCGCUGCGCUUCGUACUGCUGUCCUUCGCAAGGAUGUCGAUAUCCAGGCCACCGUUAUCACACUUCUGUUGCGCAACUACUUGUCCACCUCACACAUCACCCAGGCCGAUCUCUUGAUUGCCCACAACGAGUUCCCAGCUGCUGCUUCCAACAACCAGAUUGCCCGGUAUCUCUACUACCUUGGUCGCAUCCGUGCUAUUCAAUUGCGAUAUAGUGAAGCGCACGAACAUUUAACUGGAGCUACUCGUAAGUCACCAACAAGCCAUAGCGCGGGUGGUUUCUACCAGGCGUCAAUGAAACUUCUCGUUAUCGUGGAUCUGCUUAUGGGCGACAUUCCCGAUCGCUCCGUCUUCCGUCAGCCGUCUUUGGAGAAAGCUCUUCACCCAUACUUCCUCCUUGUGCGUGCCGUCAGCACUGGUGACCUCGAUGGAUUUUUGAAUAUCGUCAAUACUCACGGCGCUACCUUCCGAAAAGAUGGAACAUACACUUUGAUUUUGCGACUACGACAAAACGUUAUCAAGACUGGUAUUCGUGUCAUGUCCAUCGCGUACUCGAGAAUAUCACUACGAGACAUUUGCCUUCGUCUUGGCUUGCACAGCGAAGAAUCUGCUGAAUACAUUGUCGCCAAGGCUAUUCGGGACGGUGUUAUUGACGCCACCCUGGACCACGAGCAAGGGUAUAUGAAGAGCAAGGAUGCCGGCGAUAUCUACUUGACGACCGAGCCCGGUGAGGCGUUCCACGCUCGUAUCCAGGCUUGUCUGAGCCUCCAUGAUGAGAGUGUCAAGGCCAUGCGGUUCCCUAUGAACCAACAUCGGUUGGAGCUUAAGAACGCACAAGAGGCGCGGGAACGCGAAAGGGAACUCGUCAAGGAAAUCCAAGACGGCGAUAUGGAUGAAGAUGAUGCUGGCGGUGACUUUGACGGAAUUUAA